AUGUCAUCGACCCCAAGCCUCCCCACAACCCCAGGGCCCUCUGCCUUUACACUUAUGACUGGCCAAGCCAAGUCCAUCGCUACGCAGGUUAACGAAGCCCUCGCUGAGGCCUCUCCGAACGAUGAGACUGUUUCAGAUUUAUACAAGAUCGUGUGGAAGGACCGCCGCUUUGUCCUCGAGUCUCUGCUCUACAGAAAAACAUCUCGCGGCCGAAGAAGCUGGAUCAAGGAUCAUGGAUGGUUCUUGGUUGAACUCGGCCCUCAGGAUGUCAUCAGGGGGGCUGUCUGGGCUUGCAGCCGUUGCGAUGCUUCCAGGAAGCCUCAAUUCUUUGCAGUCAGGUCAACUACAUCGUCGACCACCUCACAAAGAUUCAUCAUCUUGAGCCGCGCCAGGAGAAUCAGGAAGAAUUUGAGAAUGUGCUAG